AUGUCAGGAUCCUCGUCAGCUGCAGUCUCCUAUUCUGCGAAUACGAAUCCGCCAUGGUUCGAUGGAACAGACUACACAGUCUGGAAAAAGAGAAUGAGGAUCUAUCUUCGCGGAGUUGAUGGGGAGCUUUGGACGGUUGUACGAAAAGUACCUAUUCCUAUGGAUGAGGAAGAUGAAGAAGAGUGGAAAGAAGAACAGAAGAUAUCAUCUCAACUCGAUUCACGAGCUAUGCACAUACUGUUUUCAGCACUUUGCCUUGAGGAACGGAGUCAAGGUUGCGCAAUGUGA